GUUUUACAAUUGUGAACUCAAAAACUUUACUGUGUUUUCUUUAAUCCAAGACUAAAUUGUAACCCUUCACUCUCCACGGCCGAUAUUAAAAACCUAUUUGUUGGAUCAGCUCAGCCACAAGUCAAGCCUAAUUUCAACGAUAAAAAGAUGGAUACCUCCCGCAAUGACCCCUCUCGCAACGUCAGCGCUCCCAGAGGGACAACUCUAAACUGUAAGAGCUGGUUAACGGAGGCAGCUUUCCGCAUGCUCCAGAAUAACUUGGACGCUGAAGUAGCAGAGCAUCCUCAAGCGCUUGUGGUGUAUGGUGGGAUUGGACGGGCAGCUCGUAAUUGGGAGAGCUACGAUAAGAUCAUCGAAACCCUCAAGCGACUGGAAGGUGAUGAAACACUUUUGAUACAGAGCGGUAAACCAGUGGGCGUAUUCAAGACUCAUCCCGAAACGCCGAGAGUGCUCAUUGCAAAUUCCAAUUUGGUACCACACUGGGCCAAUUGGGAACAUUUCAGCAAACUAGACAAAGAGGGACUGAUGAUGUAUGGCCAGAUGACAGCGGGAUCAUGGAUUUACAUAGGGUCUCAGGGCAUCGUGCAGGGCACCUACGAAACGUUUGUAUCUGUAGCGAAGACACACUUCGAUGGAAAGGCCGACGGAAGAUGGAUUCUGACAGGUGGCCUGGGUGGUAUGGGUGGUGCUCAGCCACUUGCGGCGGUUAUGGCUGGUUUCUGUAUGAUUGCAGUUGAGUGUGAUGAGAGUCGCAUUGACUUCCGGCUGAAGACUCGCUAUGUCGACUACAAAGCGUACACACUUGAUGAAGCUCUAGCACGAAUUGAGACUGCCAAGAAAGAGGGAAAGGCUAUUAGCGUUGGAUUGCUAGGCAACGCCUGUGACGUGUUCGCAGAGGUGGUCGAUAGAAACAUCCUUCCCGACGUUGUUACAGAUCAAACCUCAGCUCACGAUCCCACUCACGGAUACCUACCCCACGGAUGGACUGUAAAGCAAUGGAAGGAUGCACAAGCGGACUCUCCAGAAACAGUUAUCAAGGAGGCCAAGAAGAGCAUGGCGCAACAGGUGAAGUCCAUGAUCACCCUGCAGAGUCGAGGAGCAGCUACACUUGACUACGGAAACAAUAUCCGACAGGUGGCGCUCGACGAGGGUGUAGCCAACGCAUUCGACUUCCCCGGGUUUGUUCCCGCAUACAUCCGCCCCCUAUUCUGUCAGGGCAUUGGGCCCUUCCGCUGGGUGGCCCUGUCCGGUGAUCCCGAGGACAUCUACAAGACCGAUGCUAAAGUGAAGGAAUUGAUCCCCGAGGACAAGCACCUGCACAAUUGGUUGGACAUGGCCCGCGAACGCAUCGCCUUCCAGGGAUUGCCGUCUCGUAUCUGCUGGGUAGGUGUCAAGGACCGAUACCGCUUGGGCCAGGCCUUCAACGAAAUGGUGAAGAAUGGAGAGCUCUCUGCCCCGAUUGUCAUUGGCCGUGAUCAUCUUGACUCCGGAUCUGUGGCCAGCCCUAACCGUGAAACGGAAUCGAUGAUGGAUGGCUCUGACGCAGUCAGUGACUGGCCUCUACUGAACGCUAUGCUCAACACAGCUGGCGGUGCCACAUGGGUGUCCUUACACCACGGUGGUGGUGUGGGCAUGGGUUUCAGCCAACACUCUGGUGUAGUGAUUGUGGCGGAUGGAACAGACAGUGCCUACGAACGCCUGGGCCGAGUGCUGAGGAACGAUCCCGCUACCGGUGUCAUGCGACACGCCGACGCUGGUUACGACAUCGCUAAAGAGUGCGCAAUCGAAGCUAACCUCGACCUACCUAUGCUGCACACCCCCAACAAGCCCAUCCGCUCACACAAACAAGAGCACAAGGACACCAACGAAUCGUCUGCAGUCAAGUCAACCGAUGGGGCUGAGGGUGUCUGCAAUGGCGUGCUUGAGCUGGUACCUGGGGAGCUGACUCUGGCCAUGAUGCGUAUGGUGGUGGAAGAGGCCUCUGAGCACAACAGCAUGGAUGUGCACGCUAGACCGUACACCAAACUGGCGUUGCAUAAGAGUGCCGAUGCGCAGAUCAAAAAGUCUGCCGAGCUGGUGGCUAAAGUGCUAGCGGAGGGAAGACGGGUGUAUGGAGUCAACACCGGGUUCGGCAAACUAGCGGCCAAGACCAUCUCUCCAGAAGAACUGUCCACACUACAGUUGUCGCUGGUGCUAUCGCACGCCGCAGGCAUUGGUGAACCCAUGAAGGACUCUACCGUGCGUCUUAUGAUGUUGCUUAAGAUCAACUCGCUCAGCAGAGGGUACAGUGGUAUCCGCCGAGAGGUCAUCGAUGCCUUGAUCACCCUGUACAACAAGCAGAUCUACCCCGUGGUGCCCUGCAAGGGCUCUGUAGGAGCCUCAGGCGAUCUGGCACCUCUGGCACACAUCGCGUGUGUUCUAGUAGGCGAAGGUGAAGCAACACAUCAUGGUAAGGAAAUGUCUGGUGCUGAGGCUAUGGAGUUGGCUGGACUACAGCACAUUGUGCUGGGUCCUAAGGAGGGAUUGGCCCUGUUGAACGGCACGCAGGCGUCCACUGCACUGGCACUUGAGGGUCUGUUUGCCGCCGAAAACCUGUACAUGGCAGGUAGCAUGGCCGGCAGUAUGAGCAUCGAGGCAGCUAUGGGCAGCCACCGCCCAUUCGACCGCAGAAUCCACGAGGUGCGAGGACACAAGGGCCAGAUUGACAGCGCAUUUGUGUACCGUCAUCUGUUGGGCGCUGCUGAGCACGACUUGCAAUCAACCCACGACGGCCUACAGCGGAGGGGCAGUCAAAUCUCGGUCUCACACACUGAGUGUGCGAAGGUCCAGGACCCCUAUAGUCUGAGAUGUCAGCCUCAGGUCAUGGGCGCGUGUCUGACGCAGAUCCGAAACUCGGCCGACAUUCUCCUCACCGAAGCCAACGCUGUAACUGAUAAUCCCCUAGUAUUCGAGGAGGAAGGUGUGAUCCUGAGCGGUGGCAACUUCCACGCAGAGCCCGUAGCAUUCGCAGCGGACAACUUGGCCUUGGCUAUCUCAGAGAUCGGAGCCAUUUCAGAGAGGCGGAUGGCCCUACUUAUCGAUAGUGCUAUAUCGGGACUGCCCACGUUCCUGGUAGAUAACGGAGGAGUCAACUCCGGCUUCAUGAUCGCACAGGUAACUGCUGCGGCACUGGCGUGUGAGAACAAGUGUCUCGCACACCCAGCGUCAGUGGACUCUCUCCCCACAUCAGCCAAUCAGGAAGAUCACGUUUCCAUGGCAACGCACGCAGCCAGACGGCUGCACGACAUGGCUUUCAACACGGCGGGUAUCGUCGGUAUUGAGAUGCUCGGCGCGUGCCAGGGGUUGGAUUUCCGAAGCCCAUCCCUCUCAUCCGGCCAAGUCGAGGCAGGCAAAGCUCUGGUACGGGCGCGUGUGCCGUUCUAUGAUGUUGACAGGUACAUGGCACCAGACAUCAAGCAAGCCACGGCUAUAAUCCAAGAGGGAGGCUUCAAUGUGUUCUGUCCGCGUAGUGACAUCCUUCCGUCGUUAGAUGUGGGUAGUGCGAGUGCUGGUUCGGCUACAUCCGCUAGUGGUAUGGCAUGAUUCGUCCGGAAUAGUAUGAUACAUACGUGAUGGAUAUGCUUAUACAUGAAGGGACUUGUACACAACGGCAUGACGUUGCAAGUAUGAUUCAGAUAGUGAUACGACACAGGUUAGUGCGAUUCUGCGCCAAUAACACACGUCAGAAUAUAAGAGAGUUCUAAGCUGGACCUUUUCAAUGACUCUCAAUAGGCGAGAGAGGGCAACCCUACCCGGGCUCUCUCUACCUGCCGCUCGCCAUCCGAUGAAUGGGAUUUUUUUUCCAAGAUAAUACUUCGGAGCCGAAUAGAUUUUAGCACAAGACGCUGAUUGCGGGCUAGACAGUUAGGAAAUUAAUUCUAAUAAAUAAAAUUACGGACGAGUUAGAAACUCG